AUGUCGUUUUCCAUCAACAUGGCUCUUUCAAGCCCGCGUUUGCCUUCUCCCCGUCUCGAAGACUACGAUAGCUCAUCGAGCAACGAUUCGGAGAACCACAGGCCACCCCAUCACCACCACCCGCGCUCGAGAAUGUUCGCUUCCACGACCGCAACAGGCUCGCCGCGGACAGAGUUUCUCUUUCCUCCUAUGGGUCGGGCCUCAGCAUCAUCAACGGCGACGACGACACCUAUCCCCUCUCGCGCCGGCUCACCGUUGCCUCAGUAUUUUUCGUCACUAGCGCCCUCGUCAUGUACAUCAGAUACCGAGAGCGAGCCCGAAUCACCGCUACUAAGGACGAGUAGCAGAGUCCAAUGGAGAGACGAUAGGAGAUGGUGGACCAUUGGCGCCGCCCCCUUGACGCGCCGGCGCCGGCGGCGACGAGGUAGACAGUGGGCGAGAACUCUGAGGAAAUGGGCACGGGCCGUCCUUCGACAUCCACUCUUUCCACGACAGCCCAUUACUAUCAUUCUGACACUCCUUCUCCUCUCCGUGCUCGCUAUUUCCAUAACUCUACUUAUAAUAUACAUACUAAAUCCAGAUAAAGAGCCAUUGCCGUGGCGAGCUUACUGCGCAGCACCCUCCACAUCCACCAACCCUCCCGACCUCGCAUCUCCUCCGCAGUCGAGUUACCCCGUUCCAUCGACAUCCGAAUCCACCAGUCAGAUCUUUCCCCCGCCAGACCUUGAUGAACUUCCUCCUGCCGGCGUCUUCAUCGGCGUCUUUUCGAUGGACUCUGCCUUCGAGCGGAGAAUGCUGGUGCGCACCACAUGGGCCAGUCAUCCGCGCAGCAGGGACGGCGCUGGAGAAGGCGAUGGCGGUGCCAGCACUUCCCGCACGGUUGUGCGUUUCAUCCUCGGACUACCUCGCAAAGACUGGGACCGUCGCAUCCGCCUUGAAAUGGAAGCUUACAAUGACAUUAUCAUCCUUCCGGUACCGGAGAACAUGAACGGUGGGAAGACGCACACUUUCUUUUCAUGGGCUUCCAUCAAUGCCUGGGUUCCGCCUGUCUACAACACCUCGCAGUCCGCCCCACAGUUUUCGUACUCCAACUACUCGACAUCACCUCUACCAUUGGCAUCCCACGACCCUCAAGCUGCCUGGGACGAUCAGAACUCCGGCCGCUACAAGUCAUGGGUGCGACCCGACUACGUUGUCAAGGUUGACGAUGACUCUUUCGUCAUGCUAGCCGAGCUGGAAGCGCGAUUACGGGUGCAGCUGCACCAAAGUCCACAAUCGUCCCCACUGUCGUCUCCCACUUCUUCGUCUACUUCGACCAUGCCCACUGAGCGGUCUUAUAACUCCAGCACUUCUGCGGCAUAUUCAACGGAGCCCACUACGUCGUUGCUGUGGUAUCCUCGGCCGACUUCGCCGAAUGACCCUUUGAUAUAUUGGGGAUAUUUAGUGAAGAACAGGUUCAUGGCUGGAGAGCUCUAUGCUUUGAGCUGGAGUUUGGUGGAUUGGAUAGCUAAGGACCCUACGGUGAAAGGAAUGACGAAAGGCGCAGAGGACAAGCAGACUGCUAAAUGGAUGACAUUGCACCCGAGGGCCAACAAGAUCAGAUGGGUCAGCGAGCGUUGUUGGAUAUACGAUCAUCCGCGCUCCGGUACCGUUUACUCCCAUGGCUUCCUCUUCCCCUCGGAAGCGACACGCGUCAAACGUGGCAUCACUUCCUACCUGGACAAGACCCCUCAAGAAGUGCUUUCGGUCAAUGGAGCGUUUGCUCCUACGCCUCCCUCGUGGGCCCAUUCGAGCGUCUCCACGUUUGGUGUACGGUAUGCUCCACCGAUACCGGACUUGACGACGCCCCAGAGCGUGGAGGCUUUGGUUGAAGGCAGCGACAUGUCUAUGCUUCGUGAAGGCAGCCCCAUGUCACCGGAGUAUGCCAUGAUCCACCGCGAAGGGCGCAAGAAGCGGUACGAAGAUAAGCGCGUUGGGGGCACGAUUGUGGUGCAUUUCAUCAAGAAAAACUUAUGGUUUUUGGAGACGGCGUUGGCGCUGUUGGAUGGGGAUGAGUUUUCUGAGGCUGAGAGAUAUCAGAAGGUGGAGAUGGCUAGGGAGGCGAAGCAGGCACGGGGCGAGUCGACGGAUCUCUUAGAGGUGGAUAAACACAUUGUAAGGAAAGCCAUACAAUGGCAUCGACGACGGUAA